CAAUUCAACCUCUCUCUCUCUCUCUAAGAAGAAGAAAAGCGCGUCCCAUUCACCACCACCUGCUCCUCGGGGGCAAGAAAAAAUCUACUUUUUCUUCUGCGGCCGGAGCGAAGCAAACCACCGCCACCGUCCAUCCAUCCGUCCGCCCACCGAUCUCCGCGCGGAAGAUGAGCGAUCACGUGGUGCUGUCCGUGGACCGGCUGGUGCGGCUGGCGCCGGCGAGGGACGAGGCCGAGGCUUCGGCUGCCUCCUCCUCCUCGCCGCCGCCGCCGCCGACGAGCGGCGGGGGCGGCGGCGAGGCGGCGGCGGAGGUGGAGGGGAAUGAGGAGGAGGAGGAGCCUCUGAUUCAGAUGGCCGAGUGUCGCAUUUGCCAGGACGAGGACGGCGUGAGCAACCUGGAGUCCCCCUGCGCCUGCAGCGGCAGCCUCAAGUAUGCUCAUAGGAAGUGUGUCCAGCACUGGUGCAAUGAGAAAGGCGACAUAACAUGUGAGAUUUGUCAUCAGCAAUUUCAGCCUAAUUAUACUGCCCCACCUCGUCCACCUGAAGACACCACAAUCGAUAUUGGUCAAAGCUGGACAAUAUCUGGAACUCCACUGGACCUGCGAGAUCCUCGUCUCCUAGCACUUGCAGAGGCAGAGCGUCACUUUUUGGAAGCUGAUUAUGAUGAGUAUGCUGCCUCAAAUGCCAGUGGAGCUGCAUUCUGUCGCUCAGCUGCUUUAAUUUUAAUGGCCCUUCUGCUUCUGCGGCAUGCAUUGACCAUUCCUGAUGAUGAUGGUGGAGAUGACGAUGCAUCUACUUAUUUCUCCCUCUUCUUGCUCCGGGCUGCUGGGUUUCUUUUGCCCUGCUACAUAAUGGCUUGGGCUAUCAGUAUCUUGCAGCGCCGCAGGCAGAGACAGCAGGAGGCGGCAGCAUUGGCAGCAAGGCAAGUUGCUUUUGUACUCCAAUCCGGUCAACACGGGGGACUGCAGUUCACAAUAGCACCAGUAACCCCUGUAGCUGCUCACGAUGAACCCGUAUGAUCUGUAAUGUGAAUUGUGGUACUAUUCGCUACCAAUUUACGUGCAGUGAAGAAUGUAAAAGAGCUUAUCCGGCCAACCAAAUAUGUAUGCAUGUGUUUGUCCCUAAUUUCUGGAAGUGAUUAUAUACUGGGAAAGCCCUAUUAGAUACGAUGCCUCUCUUGGUUUUGCCGCCUUGUAAUUAUAGUUUCUCAUUUUGCAUUAUUUGGCAUCAGCCUUUAAUGGCUUAUGGAAAACUUCUCAGGUUGUGUACCAAAAUCUGAUUUUCCUAUUACGAGCUAUUCCUUUCUUUAGGAAGUUAUGUUGG